AUGACCAGUGACCUUCGUACUGGACACAUGUGCUCUUUGGCUUCAGCCACUGAGGUAUCUUCAUUCCUUGCAUCUACAGUUGAUAUUUGCUCUUCUUCUCUGACCAUGUCAGAGAAUUCCAAGAAUCCACCUUUCCUUGGAAUUUCCACCUCUCUGCAACGCUCUCUUCCUGUGGAGAGCAAUGCAGGAAGUGUCUGCAAUUUCUACAAUGUCUCUGCUCCAGCCAACAGUUCCCCAUGGCUCCUGCCAUCAGCCUCUGGCACCUCUUUCCAACCUCUCAUGGGGGGUGCCUACUUUUACCAACAUUCUAGCACAACCAUGUUGUCUGGAAUUCCAGGCCAGAGCCCUAUCUCCAUUCCAGCUGCUUCCAAUCCUAACGUUUUUGAGUGGGCUCUUACAGGAGACACUGAAAAGAAGUCAUCAUCACUCAGAAACUUCACUGUGACUGUCACUGACCAGGACACAACUGUCACCUCUAUGUCUCUGGCGUCUCAGUGUGAUAAACCCUCAGAUGCCUAUAAUAUGGCUCCUCAGUAUCCAUCACUUUCUGUCAACCUUGUUCAGGGGGCACCAAUUCAGGGACAGAGCCUGUCACAUCCCUACCAGGUGGGAAAUCAUGUGUGUUACUACAAUCAAGGCACAAUGGACCCUCUGCUCUCUGAAGAGGGUGGUCCCUACCUGCAGUCCUAUGGCUCUGUGUCUUACACAGAGAGCAGGGCCUCCGCCCCUGACACAGGGAUGGUCAUGGUGCUAAAGGAGGCUCAGUCCACAAAUAUGAUACCACCAGCCUCCACCUCUGGAAUCUGCUACUCUGUGCCUCCUCAUCCCAUCACAAAGACAGGUUUUCAAGUGAUGGAGACUUCCCUGGCAUUGCAACUUCCAGGCCAAAUAUUUUACUUACCACCUACUCAAGAAUUCCUCAAGUCCGGCAGUAACAGACAUAUCCAGGUACUUGAGAGUUAUCCACCACCGCAGAGUGGGGACAUUUCAAUGGCAUCCCUAGUCCAGAGUCCUAGGAAUCUCCUGGCACUGCCUCCAGCUCCAAGCCAGGAACAGAAAGACAGUAAGAAUGUGGAGAAUAUUAAAGCCAAGCUUUCCAAGCACGUGAAUGGGUACCAGAUCCCAACAGAAUAUGAAGCUUCUCCACUGCUCCCUUUAGAAGUCCCUGACAUUCCACAGGUGCUGGCCUGCACUGAUCCCCUUGGCCAAGAGGAGCAGCCUGGUUGUGACAACUCUGGUUUGGCAAAGAAUAGCCUGAGUCUUAAGAACCAAGGGACACUUGAAAAUGGGACUGAGUCUAAUGACAGUUUUGCAGACAUCGACACACUGGUGGAGGGUAUUCACCUUCCACAGGUCUUCACUUCCUUGGAUGACCCUGAUCAGCCCCAAGGACCCAAGGCGAUCAAAACCAAAGACACCAGGGGCCUCAAGUUGCACGAAGUGCAGAAAAAGUCAAGUGCCAGAAAGACUCGCUCUGAUCAAGGCAGGAAGAUCAAACACAAAGCCUCUGAGUCUACCAGUGAUGCUCCCAAGGCCAAGAUCAAGCCCGAGAGCCCAGAUUGUGUGUUUGUGGGAGAACUGGUUCCUUGCAAUGCUGCAGCUGGUGGCAGGGCUCCUUCGAACAUGGCCAAGCAUUCUAACAGCAAACCUCAGAAAGCUGCAGCCAGCAGGACCAGCAAUACUAAGAGCCAUGGGCAGCAAAACACCAAAAGAAACAAGGAAAACUACUCCAAGAGAGCUGAGGAGAGGAAGCAGUCAGGGAACAAAGUCAAGGCAGAGGAGAAGCCAGCCAUUCCCAAGAUGAAGAGAAAGAAAAGUCAUCCUGAGCUGCCACAAGAGGCCAUCAAAAAGCCUCGCAGCAGCCUCGGUAUGCACAUGCUGGAGUCUGUGCAGGUUUUCCAUGCACUGGGCAAGAAGAGGGAUGAGACAGCUGACCUGUCUUCCUCGCGGGCCCUGGGAAACUCAAGCAACCCCAAAGGCCCCCAGCCACGCCCAGCUACCAAACCAUGGCUGGUUACGCCCCGCGAGGGCAAAGGUCCUGGGAAAACUCAAGUCAAUCCCCAAAAACCAUAUGCAAGUGCUCACAAAGGGGCUCCACCUCCAUCCCAGGACAAGCUGCCUUCUCCCGGGAAGGUCAAGCUGGUGCCAUUGGUUUUUCCGACCGUGGACAAGCCUCAAGUUCGACCUGUUCCUCGCAGGCCACAGUCUCUGGCAUCACGUCGGCCUGCUGUGACCAACCCUGCCAAGCCUGCUGCAGUCAAUGCAUCCCUGCCAAAUCCUGUAUCUUUGACAGGUCCUGUCAAAUCAGCUCAGCCAAUAUCGUCCAACUCAGCUGGACCAGGUCUGAACAACCGCGACUGCCCUAGUGUCCCUCAGCCUCCUGCUUCUAGGCCUGGGCCCUACAAAACCUCAUCUUGUGCUUCUUUCCAGCGGGAGCCUGUUCACUCCGCUGUGAGCCAGCCCCGGACUCCGCUCAAGCCUCACAACCACUAUCUACUCCAGGAUUUCGCCCUCCAACCAAUUCCAUGGAGGAAAUCUGAGCUUCGGGGGCCAGUCAUGUCAACACCCAUCACAAAUGAGCAGAGGCCAGAUCGAGAGGCCAUGAAGAGGAAGGCUCAACUAGAGCGUGAGAAUGCUGCCAAAUUGGGGGGAAUGCAGCAUUUCAUUGAGAGGGAAAAAGAAAUGGACAUUUCUCUGUACUAUGGCUAUGUGAUGUAGGAGAUGC